UGUUGGAUGAGCAGCUUGUGCAGCAGCAGCAGCAGCAGCACAGGCCUGAUGACAGCGGUAGCAACGACCCCUGACCGUCUGUUUGAAACCUCCUGUCAUUAACAACAUCCACAGCAAGUGGCCGAUGCUCGAGCCUUCACCUAUCAGUCAAGCUUUGUUUUUUUUAAAGCUGCUUGAAGAAGGGCUUGUCCAAUCUGCAGCACUGACCUUCAGGCUGAAAGGUCAAACACUGUGAGGUUGUUGCCAGAUGGAUCAUGGUGGUCAGUUUGAGAGGGAGGGCAGAGUAAUGUCCCAGGUCCAGGUGGGCGGUGUUGACCUCUGUGAUAACCUGCCCAGCCCUGAAGCUCUCACUGCCCAAACUCGAAAUCUCAAUGAGACAAACGCGCUCACACAGCCUCAGAGUCUCAGCAACAAUGAGAAGGUCAUGGAGGAGGACCAGGAAAAGGAAGGAUAUAUGAGAAGAAGCAGAGGGGAAGAGGAGGAAGACAUUGAUGAGGUGAUGAAGGAAGAAGAAGAGGACAUGUCAGAGGGAUCAAGUUCUUUAAUUCGCUGCCAGUCUCCAGACACGCCGAUGACUGACUCCUCCUAUUCAGAAACUGGCAGUCUAUUGGAGGCUCCUUAUCCCUUCAGCCCUGGGACCAGCCCGGAGCCUACAUCCCCUGUCAUUCCAGUUGUCAGCUCAGAAACUCCAUAUCCAAUCAGUCAAGUGGCACUGAGCCAGAGUGAUGUCAAAGUGGAGUCUCACGCCUCCAACACUGAAUCAGGUGCCUCCCACAGAGAGUCCAUUACACUGGGACCCAACUUCACCACAGGGCCUAUAGAUUACACUCCAGUAACUGUGACCUCAGACAUGAGGCCUACCAGCCCACCUAGGCCUGCAUGUAUCACAGAAGCUACAGACACAGGAACAAAAAAAUCUAACUUCAUUACAGAACAACAUACCUCAUCCACAGAGCCCGUCUUCAACCGGGGAGUAGCCAGUUCAUGUGCAGGACCUGUCACCUCAACUGCAGAGACAGUAACUGCUUGCACCACCUCUAUUGAUUCCACUGCUAUGAGUGCAACGGCAGGACUCCUUACCUUCACCACAGGGCCUACGACUACUGGUACAGAAGCCAUUUCCACUACAGGACAUAUGACCUCAAUUUGGGAACAAAUUACCUCCGCUCCAGUGCCCACUUGUUUCUCAGUAUCCUCCUGCGCCACAGGGCCCAUUCCAAGCCCUGCUCUGCUAGAGUCUCUUGAGCAGUUGGCACAAAGAGGAGAUGACACUCACCUUCCACAGUACCUUCACCAGAUUGCUGAGGCCUUUGUCCUUCAUGAAGACUACCAGCGGGCAUUAUGGUGCAUCCAACUAGAGAGACUCUAUCACCAGAGAAUAUUGGACAACCUGAAUGCACUACAAGAACAGUGGGAAAGUCAGUGUAGAAGGACUUCCUCCGACCUGGAAACUCAACAUCUGGAUACCCUUAAACACAUCUGCCAGACACACAAUCGACCAAGAGCUAAAGAUGCUGUGUGCGCAUCUAUGGAUGUUUUGAGGCUGACGUCAGAAGAAGGUGGUGCACUGCCUCCAUGUACCCCAGCCUACAAGGUUGAUGGUGGGAUGGAAAAGAGAGCCAAAGACGCCUCCCGUUCUCAGAGCAGUCAUCCAGUCAUACCGCCCAUUAAUUUAGCUGAUGGAUUCAGUUCCCCUGAGAUCUCAGAAAAGGACAGGGAAGACCCAGACAGGGCAUUAGAGGGGAGGGGAGGUUUCCAUGGAUCUCAGCUGACUGACAAACAGGGCGGUGACAGAGAGGAAGGAGAAGCAAAGGGAGGGGUAGGAUACACCACUCCAGUCAAAGGAAAUGAACUACACCCCUCUACAGCUGGAGAAAUGGAUCAGUCCAAGCCUGCAGAGCAGCAGGGAGGAGAUUUAGGUCUAACACAGGAAAAGGAGGCAAAAAAAGAAGAGGAAAAGAGGGACGUGGUGGAGGCAGCCCAGGCUUUGGGGAUGGAAGAUGAGGGAGAGGACGAAGAGGAGGAAAAACGGAAGGAAAGAGACUCUCCUUUUUGUCAGAAGGCUUUGCCAGUGGAGACUCUGGUCAGUGAGACAGAGGUGGAGGUUCAACAGUUGCACAAGGAAGCCCUAGCUGAGAAGAAGCUACAUGGGGACACCCAGGAGAAUGCUAAAACAUGCCUGCACCAGGAGGCCCACCUUCCUCAAGAGACUCAUAUGAAGCAGCAAGAGCAGGUUGAGGAGGAGGAAGAGGAAGAGUAUGAGUACGAGUACGAAGUAGAACAGGCUGACUUCAUCAGAGAAGCUGCCUCAUUGGACGACAUGGCUAAACUCAUCACCAUAGAGGAGGUGUCUCCUGCCUCUGGUCUGGUGUCCAUAUUGAAGAAGCGAAGUGUUUGUGUGGACAACCUUAGUGUGUCUGCCAGCUCAGAGCCCCGACCAGACAAACUUCCUGCCAAAAGACGAGUCCGCUUCAAGGUCCCUGAUGACAGCUAUGAGCAUGAUGUUGGCGGUGGGGACUCCUGCCUCCUUCUCGUCCUACUUUGUCUGGUUACCGUAGUGAUCAGUUUAGGGGGCACUGCCCUUUACUGUGCUCUGGGUGAUGCCCACUCCUCUGUCUGUCAGGACUUCUCCAGAAACGCAGACUUCUACAUCAGCCAGAUACAGCGCGGGAUAUCUCACAUCCAUCACUGGUUUACUCCUGGGUCAUAGCAGCAACAGUUUGUCAAUAUCAUGGAGCCACUGGCCUUACUGUUUAUUACUGUAGGUUCCAGCAGUUCUUGCUACUUCCUGGGACAAUAUUUUCCGAGGUGAGGGUGCCAGGUGGCUGCUACAGUUCCUGGGCUAUGUGGAGCAAAUGGCUAUUAUUAUGCUGCCUGAUGGGUGACUAAACGAUUAUAUCAGAUAGUGUUGGCUUCUAUAAGCCUGCUCUGCUGCAUUUUUAAUGCUCUUUGAAUACAACCCCGGUGUUCAUUGAGACUACAAGUCCUAGGUCAGAUGUCCCUUAACAACACCAGUUUGAAAGUGAAAGCAGAGCAGAGAGAGAAAGAGGAUAACCGGAGAAUGGAGACUUUAUAACAGAGGGGGAAGAAGUGACCUACACCUCCCUGAACCCUAUCCAGAUUUAACAGGUUGUAAAUUUUCACGUUAGAUUUAGAAAUUCUUCAUAUGUAUAAAGUGUCCUAUUGAACACACUUUCACCGUCAGACACUGAAACUCAAGUUUCAAAAGUCAGUGGUCACUAAAUAAACUAUAGCUGGAUACAGACUUUCACUGACUCGCACUGGACUCCACAAGUCACUCCUCUUAGUUAAGAAUAAGAACAAAGUCAUAACAGCUGCAACCCACUGAGAUGUAAAAUAUAUAUAUAUAAUGUAUAGUUUGUUAACUGGGGGGCACAGAGAUGCUCCCUCCACACGCACUGCACAAACAAGAAGUGCCCAAAUGGGCAUUUUACAAACUGCUGCAACCACCAGUGUUGCUUUUAUUGUUGACAUUUUUUUAAUUCACAAAUGAAAUUUUAAAUUCAACAGGUCUACUUACUUGGAAUGAAAUCUCUUAGUCAUGUCUUAAUCAAUCUUUGAAUGAAUGUUUGGAGUUUACUUUGCUUUGUGUCAUCUGUGGGGCAUUAUUGAAAGGGUUAUUUUGAUAUUUAUCAACAUUGAGCUGCUAAUGGACAACGAGCACAUCAGAUAUGUCUCAUGGGGGAAAAUUACACAAUUUCAACGCAUAUAACAACUGUGAUCUUUAGUUAUGCAUUUGCAAUGAUUAGUUGCUAAAGAAUAUCAGCUGCACAGCUUUACAUGUACUUUUCCCCCUGCACACAUGCGUGUGUCCAGUUGCUGGCCUUUUCUGUAACUACCAACAACAGAUUAGCAGUGAGCUGACAUGGCUGUCCAAACUGUCUAUCUGUGGGUUUCAAUGAGUUUGAUUUAUGUAGCAUAUGCAACAUGUACAGCAACAUAGUGCACCUCUGUAUAUACCAUCAGAAGAAUGUUUAAUAUGUUGCACAUAAGACUGGUAUGAUUUUUGUAUUUUUUAUGAUUGCAAUAUUUCUACAGGCAUUGUUGUGUUGGUUCAAAACGCAGGCUUUAAAUGAUUUGACCAGAAACAAAGCAUUUCCAUAUCCGUGUGAAAGGUACAUGCCAGUACCAAAGUUAUGCACAGAAAAUACUAAAAUAAUUUUUAAGUUGGUCUGGCAAGAUUUGGAAUAUUUAGAUUUAAAAAAACAACAGCAGCAGCAAAAAAGACAAUUGUACAGUUGAUAUUGAAAAUUAUCCAGUGUACUUUAUUUAAAGCACUGUGUCAGUCCAGCUCUGCCUGCCUGUGUGUGUCUGUGUGUUUGCUGUUCUUCAGGAUUCUGUGUGUGAUUGUCAUUGUUUUUUUUUUCUUCUAAAAUAACUCUCUUUUUGCCUUCUUCAAGUGUCAUCUACCUGAUUUGCCAUUUUAAAAAAACAUACGUGUCUUUAAUGUGUUUUGAAAAAAGGCGCUGUGUGAAACAAAGCCUUUAUUCUCACAUCAGUGCUUUAACUCUUAUAUCAUUUUAAAGCGAAUGUUGUCUUAUUGGGGUCAUCUUACUGCUUACUGCCCAGUUAGGCCUCUGUCAUGUUUGUGUCAUUUUAACAUUUUGCAAUGUUUGGUGUUUUAUUAAUUGUUUUUUCCUUUCAUUUGCUGAAUUAGUGAAUGCCAUAAAAAAGUCUUAAUUGUCAGGAAGAAAACGACCUCUAUCAAAGAGGAGUGAUUCACGUGUCUUACCUAUGCAUUUAUAACAGUUUAAGAUAAAGCUGUAUUAUCUUUUUCUCACAUGGUGUGUAACUUACAAAAACCUUACAAUCUGUUUGAGGUGUGAGGUUUUUCCAGGACAUAAGGAAUCGUCGAUUCAUUCAUGUUUUUUAUUUGCACAUGUCGUCUGGCUGGUUCAGAUGAGUAUCACUCAGAAAACCUCUUAUUUAAUCUUCUGAUUUUAAUUAUUUAUAAUAUGAGGGAUGUCACGUUGUAGGUGGUUAAGGAAAAAAAAAGGUGCAUCUGUUUUUCUUUGCUGGAUUAUUGUUUGUUCAUCUCUUAAAUUGCCAUUUGUUCUUAAGAAGGCUUUUAUAGAGAAUUAAAUUUUUGUUUUAUAACCUAUAACACCAACACCUGGGUCAUCAUUAUAUUUAGUUUAUUCUCAUUCAUUUUCCAUUAUAAGUUGAUUACAAACGGGUGAGUUUGUGUUUCUGUUGUCAUUAUCAUCAUCUCUGCACACAAGAUUGUUAAAUGGUUCAUUUGUUUUACCCAGUUGGUUUUUAACAGACGUAGAAAUAACGUAGAAAUGAAUGAAUGAAUGAAGUCAUGAUUUUUUUUGUGUGUGAAUCAGUACCUGAUGAAAGGUGUUUUAUGCAUUGAUUGAUGAACACUUUGUUCUUACGGAUUGUAAUAAGAAGAUGAGGUUUUUAUUUUUUCUU